UGAUUGAAAUACAAUUGAUCGGAGCCCACGGCGAAGAACGGCGAAGAACGGUGGAGCGAAGCCUUGCGAGCGAAGAAGAUUGGCGGAGCGAUUCCUUCUUCCUUUGCUGCGCUUCGGACGGGAGGGAGGAUAGGGAAACAGAAACUCUAUGCAAGUGUGCUCUGUGGCUUAGUAACUCUUUCUAUGCUUACAGAAUUUGUGCUUUAAUCCAGGUUUACCAUAUGCUUUUCUAUUUGUUUGAUAAGAAAACAUUGGAUGAAUUGUCAUGUUCUUUGGCUGCAUGAAUUGCCAUGGAUCUUGUACGCAAAAUUGGAGGUUUAUUCUGGCAUCCUAUUUAGGUUGUAUCUUGAUAUCAAUUUUUUUAUCAAGCCUUGAAGAUUGUGCGGUUGAAGGAUUAGAUUUAAGAGGGCUUGCUCCAGGGUCUUUUCGACCAGUUUUACUUGAUUCUUACCGAAGGAACCAGUAUAACCAGGCUGAAGAGGGUUCCUGUUUAUUUUUGAAUUCUGUUUCUUGUCAGGACCUGAAAGGUAUUGGCUCACUGAAUGAAACCUGUUUCAUAAGUUCGAAUGUAUCUUACUUGGAUGACUUAUGUAUAUAUGGGACUGGGAACCUAGAGAUAUCUCCUGGUGUUUCUAUAAUAUGUGCUGUAAAAGGAUGUUAUGUGACUGUCAACAUCUCAGGCAUAGUUAGAGUUGGUUCAUAUGCAGAAAUUAUUGCGGGAUCAAUCAUUUUUGUUUCAACCAAUCUUACUCUCGACCCCUAUUCAACCAUUAAUACAAGAGCCUCUGGUGGGCCGCCUCCCGAGCAAACGAGUGGCACACCGAGCGGCAAUGAUGGAGCCGGCGGAGGGCAUGGUGGUCGCGGUGCUUCUUGUUUGAAGAGCAACAAAACAAAUUGGGGUGGAGAUGUCUAUGCUUGGUCAACAUUAUCCGAACCAUGGAGUUAUGGAAGCAAGGGAGGCAGCACAUCUGCUGACAAGCUAUAUGGAGGUGAUGGUGGUGGGAGGAUCAAGUUUGACGUUAGGGAUUUACUGAAUGUGGAUGGCUUAGUAACUGCUGAUGGAGGCGCAGGAGGUCUCAAAGGUGGUGGUGGUUCUGGUGGAAGUAUCUUGAUUAAUGCUUUAAAAUUGAAAGGAAAGGGUACUAUCAGUGCUGCUGGAGGGAGUGGGUGGGGCGGUGGCGGUGGCGGCAGGAUAUCUCUCGUGUGUUAUGCCAUCCAAGAUGUAACAAUUACUGUUCAUGGUGGGCAGAGUGUUGGAUGUACAGAAAAUGCCGGUGCAGCUGGUACAAUUUUUGAUAGAACUUUGCAGAGUCUUAAAGUAAGCAAUGACAAUUACACAACACAUACGGAGACACCGUUACUGGAUUUUCCUACUGCUCAGCUCUGGUCUAAUGUUUAUGUGGAGGGUAACGCAAAAGCCUUGGUACCUUUGCUAUGGACAAGGGUGCAGGUAAGAGGUCAAAUAAAACUACUUAAUAGUGGCAGCAUUUGCUUUGGUCUAUAUGAUUACCCAGUUUCAGAAUUUGAAUUGGUUGCUGAAGAACUUCUACUAAGUGAUUCCGUAAUAAAGGUUUAUGGUGCCUUCAGAAUGUAUGUCAAAAUGCUUCUCAUGUGGGAUUCUAAAAUUCAGAUUGAUGAUGGAGGUGAUCAUGAUAUUGGUGCGUCCAUGCUUGAAGCUAGGAACCUUAUUGUUCUAAAGCAAAAUUCUGUCAUCUCUUCAAAUGGAGACUUGGGGGUUUAUGGACAAGGACUUCUCAGAUUGUCUGGCUCGGGUGAUGCAAUCAAAGCUCAGAGGUUAUUCUUGUCGCUGUUUUAUAAUAUAGAGGUUGGGCCAGGUUCCUUGCUGCAAGCUCCAGUGGAUAAUGAUAUAGGAAGCAGUUCGGCCGCUCAAGCGCUCUGUGAGAGUCAAACAUGCCCACAAGAGCUACUCAUUCCUCCUGAUGACUGCCAUGUGAACAACUCCUUAUCUUUGACAUUGCAAAUAUGUCGUGUUGAAGACCUUACUAUCCAAGGCUCAGUGAGAGGGACUAUAAUUCACAUUCACAGGGCUAGGACAGUUGUUAUUCAUACUGAGGGGGAGAUAAGUGGAACCGGGUUAGGUUGCAAAGAGGGCAUUGGUACAGGGAAAUUUUUGAAGCAUGGAGUGGGAGGAGGUGCUGGGCAUGGAGGCAGAGGUGGCUUUGGGUACUAUAAUGGAACUCAAAUUGAAGGCGGCCAAGCAUAUGGCGAUGCUGACCUUCCAUGUGAGUUGGGCAGUGGAAGCGGAGGAUCCAAUAUAUUUAAUGAAAAUGGUGCAGCUGGUGGUGGAAUGAUAGUUAUGGGUUCCAUGAAUUGGCCUCUGUCCAGAUUAGAUAUUUAUGGAUCUUUGAAAGCUGAUGGCCAAAGCUACAAAACUAUGAACUAUAAUGGAUCUCUGAUGAGUGGGUUGGGUGGUGGAUCUGGUGGUACCAUUCUUCUGUUCCUUCAAACACUGGUACUUGAAAAAAAUUCAAGUUUGUCAGUUGCUGGUGGAAAUGGUGGUCCAACUGGCGGCGGUGGAGGUGGUGGGGGAAGGAUUCACUUUGAUUGGUCUAAUAUGGCUACUGGAGAUGAAUAUGUACAAUUUGCUUCUGUUAAUGGAACAAUUACAUCAAGUGGAGGACCGGGUAAUAGCGGGGGUUGUAAAGGCGGGGAUGGAACAAUUACCGGAAAGAAGUGUCCAAAGGGGCUUUAUGGCACUUUCUGCAUCGAAUGCCCAGUUGGUACAUACAAAGAUGUUGUUGGAUCGGAUCCAUCAUUCUGUACUCCCUGCUCACUUGCUUCGCUUCCCCAAAGAGCAGAUUUCAUAUAUAUACGAGGUGGGGUCACUCAGCCAUUUUGCCCAUAUAAAUGUUUAUCAGACAAGUAUAAGAUGCCAAAAUGCUUCACGCCACUUGAAGAAUUGAUAUAUACUUUUGGAGGUCCUUGGCCAUUUGCAAUUCUACUCUCAUUUAUAUUGAUACUUUUAGCACUUCUUUUAAGUGCUUUAAGAAUAAAAAUGGUCGGAACUGAUUUUAGAUAUCAAACUUCAAAUCCUAUUCAAAAUGAUGGUUCAACAUCUUUUCCGUGCCUUCUGUCACUGGCUGAGGUUCCUGGGACUAGCAGAGCUGAAGAAACUCAAAGUCAUGUGCAUAGGCUGUACUUCAUGGGUCCAAAUACAUUCAGAGAACCUUGGCAUCUCUCUUACUCUCCGCCAGAUGCAAUUAUCGGAAUUGUGUAUGAAGAUGCUUUCAACCGGUUUAUUGAUGAGAUCAAUUCAGUUGCUGCGUACGAGUGGUGGGAAGGAUCGGUACAUAGCAUUCUUUCAGUGCUUACCUAUCCCUGUGCCUGGUCUUGGAAGCAAUGGCGCCGAAGAAAGAAAAUUCAUCACCUUCAGGAAUAUGUUAAGUCAGUGUAUGACCAUACAUGCCUCCGGUCUUGCAGAUCACGCGCUCUUUACAAAGGGAUGAAGGUGGGCUCAACUCCCGAUUUAAUGGUUGCAUACAUUGACUUUUUCUUGGGUGGCGAUGAAAAACGGUUAGACGUAGCAUCAACUAUGAUGCAGAGAUUUCCAAUGUGUAUUAUUUUUGGUGGCGAUGGAAGCUACAUGUCACCUUAUCAUCUCCAUAGUGACAUGUUAUUGACAAAUCUGCUUGGCCAGUAUUUAUCUACAGCUAUUUGGACUAGAUUUGUUACUGGAUUAAAUGCUCAUUUACGGACUGUAAGACAAGGAAACAUUCGUUCGGCCCUCGUCCCUGUUAUAUUAUGGAUCAACAGUCACGGAAAUCCUCAGCUGGAGCCCCAUGGUGUUAGAAUCGAGCUUGGUUGGUUCCAGGCAACGGCUUCUGGCUAUUACCAGCUAGGAAUUGUGGUUACUAUUAGUGAACAAUUUUUCGCAAGUGUGCAUCAUGCAGAUAUCUUGGAUACAAGGAAAAAUGUCCCGAUUUCUCUUAAAAACGCUAAACAAAUUCAGCAGGCCCAAUCUUCAGUUAACCCAGCAACUUCACGUAAGAGAUUGACUGGAGGAGUGAAUGGAGGUAUAAUAAAUGAAGCAACAUUGAAGUCAUUGGAUUAUAAAAGGGAUUACUUUUUCCCCUUUUCUCUUCUACUGCAAAAUACUCGACCCAUUGGUCUCCAGGAGACCGUGCAGCUGCUGAUCUGUAUAAUGAUAUUGGCUGAUUUCACCAUUACCCUUCUCACGUUGGUUCAGUAUUACUGGAUUUCAUUGGGGGCUUUCCUUGCUGUCUUGCUGAUUCUCCCAUUAUCUUUGCUCUCACCUUUUCCUGCUGGGUUAAAUGCUCUUUUCAGUAGAGGACCUCGAAGAUCUUCUCUUGCUCGAAUUUAUGCAUUGUGGAAUGCUACAUCUAUGUCAAACAUAAUUGUGGCCUUUGUUUGUGGAUUUGUAUACUGUGGAUUUUCUUCAUCCGAGACGGCUGCUGGGCAGCAUACAUCAACCAUUAGACGGGAGGACAAUGAAUGGUGGAUUCUGCCCACAAUCCUUCUACUAGUAAAGUCAUUCCAAGAGGGAUUAAUAAAUUGGCACGUUGCAAAUCUGGAGAUUCAAGACUUGACAUUAUUUAGUCGUGACCCAGAGAAAUUUUGGGCAAUAUGAAGAAGAUUCAGCGCCAGAUAGUUUGUUGCUGUAAAUAUAUUUAUAUGUCCAUUUUGUAAAUUCCUUUUUUGCCGUGGCCUGUUUUUGCAAAGGUCUUCCAGGAAAGUUCCAGAAAGAAAAAUAGAAAAGAAGAGAAAUUAAAUGAGUGAUUUCCCCACUUGUGAACCCUGCAGCCAAGGAGUUGACCAUGUUUCCACCACCGAUGGUCUGUUCGUUUCUUGAGAUAUUGAUAUCACUAUCAUGGAGUUUUCCUCAUUAUCAUAUUUGAUACCAAUGGUCUGUUCAUAUUUUAAUACUGAAUGCAACUUGAAGUGGCAGAAGCAUAUGUCAACCUGGUUUUAGUGAUCAUAUCAACUGUUGUUUCAUGUAUUAUUUAUUAUUUAAUUCUAUUUCUGACUGAUUUCAUUCCUUU